AUUUGCUUCGUCUGGUUACUUUACGUUAAAGUGGUCUUUAUUAAACAGCAUUGAAUCAUGGCAUCAUCCGAAGGAAUUGGUGUUACAACCGGUCAACCAAAUUUACACAAACAGGACCUAUCUAAACUUGAUGUAACAAAACUUACAGCACUAUCGCCGGAAGUUAUUAGUAGACAAGCUACAAUAAAUAUCGGAACAAUUGGUCAUGUAGCUCAUGGGAAAUCAACUGUGGUUAAAGCUAUAUCCGGUGUUCAAACAGUUAGAUUUAAAAAUGAAUUGGAACGUAACAUUACUAUAAAAUUAGAAAAACUGCAAUUUGAUGUGAACGGGAAGCCAAUAAUACCAGAAGGGAUUCUGAAGAGGAAGAUUAAUGAAAAGGACAAAACAAUUCCUUCAAAGAAGAACCACUUUACUGAACCAAAAACAAAAGUGAAAGUUAAAAGGAAACAUCAAGCAAUUGAUCAAGAGAUUUACUCAAAAGAGUAUAUAGUGGAACAAAUAUUAGCUCAUAAAUAUGAAAAUGGGACUCACAUGUUUCUUGUCAAAUGGAAAGGGUGGUCUGAGAAGAACAACACCUGGGAGCCAUUACAUCAUCUGGAACGCUGUCCAUCAGUUCUGGGAAAUUUUAUCACAGAUAUGCUGGGUAAUCAAGCAUUGAAGAGCUUAUGUAAAAUGCUUAAGGUGUCCAAUAAUUUUCCCGAAAAAAUCCUUGAAAGCCUUAUUCCAUCGGAAGGAUUUUCUGCCCUACCAAAAAAACUUAGCAUUCAAAGAGAGCUUUUGACAGUGCUAUCUGCUUGUCCAAAAGAAAAACAUACAAAAAAACUGAAAAGAGGCAAGGAAGCACUUCUAAUUUAUUUUUUGCAUUUGAAACGUGAAAUACAGCUCAACCGUCUGGCGAUUUGGGAACAAGAAAUGAACAAAGUGGCUUGUGAGAAUGCAGUUAUUAAGGUAGAAAAUAACGUAGACCUGGAAGGCCCCCCCAUAGACUUCGUUUACAUCAAUAACUAUCGGCCCACCGACGGUAUCGUAAUCCCCGAUAAUCCUCCUAUCGGUUGUGGAUGUUCGAAAUGUUCAAAUAAAGAGAAACAUUGUUGCGGAAUGUUUCAGCAACAAACGUACCGUUUCCCUUACAAUUCCAAAGGAAGAAUCAAUCUUCCAAAAGGUACGCCCAUAUAUGAGUGCAACAAAAGUUGCAAAUGCGGUCAUGAUUGUCGCAACAGAGUGGUACAAAGAGGGCGUAACGUUCCUCUAUGUAUUUAUCGUACAAGCAACGGUUGUGGCUGGGGCGUUAAAUGUCUACGAAGAAUAUACACUGGCGAGUAUGUAUGUGAGUAUGUUGGUGAAAUAAUUAGUCAUGAGGAAGCCGAGAGGCGCGGUGCUCUGUACGAUUCGCAAGGACGCACCUAUCUUUUCGAUUUGGAUUUUAAUUCAAACGAUAACCCGUACACUGUGGAUGCUGCACGUUUUGGUAACGUUUCCCAUUUUAUAAAUCAUUCCUGCGAUCCUAAUUUGUCAGUGUGGGCAGUCUGGGUCAAUUGUCUCGACCCAAACAUUCCGAAGUUAGCUCUUUUCGCGACUAGAGAAAUAGCAAAGGGUGAAGAACUGACUUUCGACUACAUGUCCAAUGAUAAAAGUAUGAAACGCCUCGAGCUACCAAAAAAUGAGAAAAAGAAGCAUCGAUCUGUGUGCAAAUGUGGUGCCAAUAAUUGGUACGCUAACGCCAAGAUCUAUAAAUGUGAUCACCCAAAAUGUCCCCGGCCAACAUGUUACAUGUCGGGCGGUUCGUCCAAAGACGACUCGUUUCCCUGUACUCGCCCUACUUGUGCUGGUAGAAUGCAGUUGAUCAGACAUGUCAGUUUCGUUGAUUGCCCCGGUCACGACAUACUUAUGGCAACGAUGCUUAACGGAGCUGCUGUGAUGGAUGCCGCUCUGCUUUUAAUAGCUGGUAACGAGUCUUGCCCUCAACCACAAACGAGUGAACAUUUGGCCGCUAUAGAAAUCAUGAAAUUGAAAAAUAUCCUCAUUUUACAAAAUAAAAUAGACUUGGUGAAAGAAGGACAGGCAAAGGAACAACACGAGCAAAUCGUCAAGUUCGUACAAGGUACCGUAGCAGAGGGAGCUCCUGUCAUUCCUAUUUCUGCCCAACUUAAGUACAACAUCGAGGUGCUUUGUGAAUAUAUUUGCAAAAAAAUUCCCAUUCCCGUUCGCGACUUUACGUCUGAACCUCGACUUAUAGUUAUACGAUCAUUCGAUGUUAACAAGCCCGGUUGCGAGGUGGAUGAUUUGAAGGGUGGUGUCGCCGGCGGAAGUAUUCUUCGAGGGGUCUUACGAGUCGGACAGGAAAUUGAGGUGAGGCCAGGACUUGUAAGCAAGGACUCUGAUGGAAGACUAACUUGUCGUCCGAUUUUUUCUCGAAUAGUUUCUUUAUAUACGGAACAGAACGAGUUGCAGUUCGCUGUUCCUGGAGGUUUAAUUGGCGUAGGUACUAAAAUCGAACCGACUCUUUGUAGGGCCGAUAGACUCGUUGGGCAAGUGUUAGGAGCCGUUGGAGCUUUGCCUAGCAUUUUUAUUGAACUUGAGGUGAGCUACUAUCUCUUGAAAAGAUUAUUGGGAGUACGUACAGAGGGGGAUAAAAAGGCGGCCAAAGUGCAAAAAUUGACCAAAAACGAAGUUUUGCUCGUCAACAUCGGAUCUUUAAGUACGGGGGGAAGAGUCCUUGCUACAAAGGCCGAUUUAGUGAAAAUAGCCCUCACCAAUCCUGUUUGCACUGAAAUUGACGAAAAAAUUAUAAUGAGGUAUUCCUUAAGAAGAACGAAGACGUCAUAUUUUUAG